AUCGAUUUCUCGCUCGAUCGGGAUAGUUCGUUCGCUCCUAUAUACGUUAUGUACGCGAGUUUUCGGGCGAUGAAUUUUUUCGCGCCGACUUUUUACUUUUUUUCUACCUCGCUGCUCGCGGACCGAUGGGGCGCAUUUGUUUUUAAAAUUCGCAUCGAAGUUCACGUGACAUAGAAGCCGCGUCGAUUGCAUAAUGAAUCUUACAUAAAAUGAAUGAUGAUUAAAUUUUAUUUCGGCGCGGCGUUACACGGUUCGUUGUGCGGAAACGGUAAAAUGUUUUUCUUUUUUCUUCGCUGCCCUGCGUUACGAAACAUCGAGAACUGCAUUGUUCUGCUACAGUUCGUAUGUGCAUACGAGUGAAGACGAAGAGUAUGUAACGAAGAUUCUAGCAUUUUGUAAAUAGAAGAAGUGGUCGAUCGAGCACAGUAUAUAGUAUAGAAUAAUGCAAAAGAAUCGACGAACUACUAGCCUAUCUCCCUUCUAUCGUGUACGAAAGAAGCGGAGAAAAAAGGAGCAACGAAGCGUGGACUGCCAAUUAAUAUUACGGGGCCCGGGAGCCACACGUCGUCGCUUACGCGCUCAAUGACCCGCGUAUACCCGCCGCAAAACUCGUAACCGCGCGCAUAAUUGAAAGUACCGCGCUACGUCGCGGCAACACAAGUGCGCCAGCUUUCCUCGGCAGUGUACGAACCGCGUAUUGCAAAAUUUCAGCUUUACGAGCUGACGAUUUUCGUUGUACUCUGAGAAAAUUAUUCGAUUAUACGCCUAUAUGUGCAGUGCAGUCGGGGGCGUUUUUUAUUCGAAAUUUCGGUCACAGACACGAUCUUCGCGAUUAUCACGAUUCCAAGCAUCAGCGAGACAAGUAUAUAACGAACGAACAAACAAACAAACUCGCGUAACGACCCAUUGUGUCGAUUAACGGCUGUACAGAUUAGCAACUUCGAAAAAGAUCAGCACCGGUAUAUAAGCUGGCAUUCCCCAUCAACGGUUGUGUUUUUGUUUUCCUCCGGUACAUCCAUACUCCCGCGCAGUGUGCGAGCGCAUCGUAUAGUAAUAUCGCGGCUACUGGUCGCCCACGGCGACGCAGACUAGUUAAUAUUCCCGCGACAACACGAUUCGCACGGCUCCUCCCCAUUGACGAUUCGACGCCGAGUCAAUUUUAUUAGCCGUUUCUUCGCCGAAUGACAAUAGCUCGCUCGAUAAGUGGACGACGUGUUGCAUAAUUUCGUUUAUGCGCGCGCGAGGGGAUUAAAGUCGGAUCGGCGAUUUCUAUUGCUCACCUAGAUUGCCGUGCGUUUUGAAGACGAAAGAAUUGGACAUUUUUGGAUUGUCGUGAGAUCGACGCUGUUUUUAGAAGCUUCCAUUAACUUUUGAAAACAAAAAAAAACUAUUAUCCGUCAUGCAUACAGAAAAACGCGGAAAAGUACGACACGCUUUGACAGAUCACAACGCGCGGUGUUACAGAAGGAAGCGAACACCGGCGGAGCCGGAAAGUCUCGGUCCUCGGCUUUCUUGGCUUCUUCUAGCACAUACGACGUUACCCCGACAUCUCCUUUUGCCGGCAAUACUUCGUCCACUACUGGCUUACUACACACUCUCGGCGCCGAUCCGUCUCAAUCGAAAGCGAAAAGCUCAUGGCAUCGCAGUGUCUCGUGCGAUUUCGUUCCGUUUCUCUCCAGUGCGUGCGCACCGAGUGUAGUUUCGUCAAGCCAUACCGAUCGACUCCCUUUUCUCCUCUAAUCGUCGACGGAUUCUAGCCCACUGCACUGCAGCGGAGCAGCAGCGAAGCCGCGUGUAUUAGCCAACGAAAGGCUCGCCGAAAUAUUCUAAUUGCAUUUGCGUUUUGCACGACUGACUAUGCUGCUGCGCGCGCGUAUCUGUAUCGAAGAUUUGGCAAGCCUGCAGCGUUUGUAUCGGGAUCAAGGAUAUCGGCUUUUAGAGAUGCAGGAGUAGUAUAUACCCGCGAAAUUCCUCGUUUGGGACUUUCGAAACGGUCUUGAGGGAGAAAUUAGCAAAUUGGCAGGUGCAGGCUUGCGGAUAUCGUCUACGUUACAGCGACUUGCAGGAGACAAAGUACAUCCCCCUGCAGACGAAGAACACGGUAAUUCCCAACGACAAUAUAGCUCAUGGCAUUCAUUACCAACUUUAAAAUUCGAAUUUCGCGCCUUUCAAGCGCCAUUGAUCGAUCGAUAAGAAGAUGGCAGCACCUGACUGGUAUGUUAUUCUGGCAGUUUCUCGGCUAACCUUUCGAACGUCACUCGAUCGUUGACAGCAGACAGUUCUUGUCUCUAACCCAAGCACCUAACUCUCACUGUUUGUUGUUUAAAUACAUUUUAUCAAGAAUCUGCGCAAUGCCACCAGCAAACGAAGACGAUCCUUACACCGCUGUAGCCAAAGGACCACUCAAAAUAAAAGGAUUAGAGCCGUCUAGUAAAAAGAAAAAGAAGAAGAACAAGGAAAUCAAAAAGCUCGUGGAAGUAGCAAAGGUCGUUGAAGAAGAGGCGCCAGCUUCUACAGAGAUCAAGAGGACAAAGGCAGAAUUAGCAUUCCAAAAGAUGAAGGAGAAAACACAAAAUGAACGUAUAAAACAGAAAGCAUCGAAGACACAUAAACAACGGGUGGAGGAAUUCAAUCGACAUCUAGAUAGUUUGACAGAACACUUCGAUAUUCCCAAAGUCAGUUGGACCAAAUGAGCUACUUCUUUGUUCAUGGACUGUCUUUCUAAAGGGACUAUUAUUCUAUGGCAAAUAUUAAUUAUUUUAAUAUCUAAAAUAUUGACUGCUAAGGAUAAGGGAGAAAAUCAUUGUUAUCAUCUAAAUAUAAUAAAAUUGAUUUAUUUCUUCAGAUCAUUAUAAUGUAAUGUAGAUAAGAUGUAAACAUAUUUAAAAAAAUACAAAUCUGUACAUUAAGACACUAUCAUAA